AUGUCUCGUCAACCCCAGAACACGGCCGGCUUCUUCAUCUUCAUAUUGAUGAUAUGGAUGAUAUUCCCCGAUACCGAAAGAAGCGCUGAGACGUUUCUUCUGUCAGACCUAGCCGGCGAACGAAUACAACGGUUCUGGACAGCUCUGCACGUGCUCGGCGACACCAGAUGGGGUGACUUUGCGCCGACAAAGGAGCAGGCCAAGUGGGUGAACCUGACGGGCUUUCGGCAAGAGGACGGUUUCUCCUGGGAUGGUCUUGAUCAUUUUCGUCGGAGAUCAGUAGACUUUAGCCGGUAUGCCUUCUCUGCUGAGGGCGAAGAGCAACUAUGGGAUUCCGCCAAAGCGCUGCCGGUUUGGACCAACGCGUCAGGCACAUUGCAUGGGGAGUGGCUUAAUACGGAAGCCAUUGCGCCACGAAGCUACGCGAGUCACAAUCUGAGCGCCAGUACGCCGGACAUCCACUGGGUUGGGGAUGAUGCGCCUUGGGCGCGCAACAUGACAGGCAGGCAAGGCAGAGUGGUCGUCAUGCUCGAGGGCAACGCAACAGACCUUGAGUACGAGCAGCUUUCGGUGGACGAGGCACCUUUGGGCGGGGGCUCCGUCAGAAGCAUCAAGGCCAACGUGCAGAUUGAAGAUACCCACGGCUCGCACCAUAACUGGGAGAUGCGACUCUGGGGAGCUCACUGGCCGCGCAAAGGCGUCAUCAUGUUGACGACUACGAGCGAGAAAUUCGAAGGUCUAUUUGGGUUACCGCACUUGACACCCGGAGCGGAUUAUUUCCGUUCGAGCCAGAUGCUGUUGAACGAGACGCUGGCGCGCACACUGAAGACGAAGGAGAGGGACAUUUACGUCGAUCCAAACCAGCCAUGGAGCUCCGACGUGGACAACUCAAUGUACACAAAGUAUCCCUAUCCUCAUUGCGAAUUUGUCAUGUACGGGCAGCUGCAACCUCCUACGCGACAGAGCGUGAGCUUGACGAAGCCCGAGUCGGAGAGAGAGGCGCUUGCGAAUAUGAUUCAUGCGGUCGAGUCUGAGCUUGAAACGCCAGUGGGAGCUCCCCUCAGAUCAAUACCUGACAUGCAAAUGUCUGCCGUCAUCUACUCACCCGACUGUGGGGUCUUCCUCGAGACGAAAGGGCCACCAGACUUUCCCCCGGGGCAGACACACCAUCUUUUGGGGUUGAAGAAGGAGAUUCACCUGCAACAGGUCAAAAAGUGGCUUCUUGUCUUCGCCCUGGUCGUUUCCCUGCAGGUCUGGCUUUUGAGGCGGCAACGGGUCGAGUCGUCGACACCAUCAACAAUGGCACGUGUGAGCUUCUCGACUAUGGGCAUGAUGCUGCUCGUUGACGGCAUGACAUUCACAGCGGCUGCUACAUGGGUGUCAUCUGCAGCGUCGACGUUUCUGCCUACUCUGGUCCUCAUGUUCUCCAGCUUCCUAUCCAUGACAGUGGGAGGUGCCUUUCUCGGCAACAUUCACGAUGUCCAGCUCCCGGAAGGCCGCGAUCGUCGAGAUAGGAACCAGCAGGUCAAUGGCGCCUCUGGAGCGAACGAUGCGACAGCGGAUGCGCAGCCAGCAAUGGCGCCUACUGGGGCUCAACAGGGCGGUGCUGAGUCCCUUUUGCCGGCUCCUGUGACGGCUGGCCGCCCCGCCAACGCUGUCCCGGACCCGGUCAUUAUCCCUUCUGACCAGGACAUUGAUGCUGAGAUUGCUGAAGGCGCGGCAGCUGUUCCUCUUGUCGGUACGAAUCAGCCGCGUGCAGAGGCGCGCGCUCCUGUUCAGUCCUUUCAGAGUAUAGUUGGGCGCUUUAUCCUACUCAGCCUGACCAUCAGCUUCCUGAUCAUCUCCUCCACCACGUGGAAUCCAUCGUGGCGAUCAGGCUUCCUCAAUGCACUGGGCUCCAUAUACCUGUCGCUAUGGGUACCACAAAUCUACCGCAAUACGAUGCGCAAUUGUCGCCGUGCGCUCAAGUGGGAGUUUGUUGUGGGGCAGUCUGUCCUGCGGCUGCUUCCUCUGGCCUACUUCUGGGUUAAGGAGGAUAACUUCCUCUACGCGUCGCCCGAGCCCCGAGCGUUCCUGGUGAUGUGCACCUGGCUCUGGGUGCAGAUUGUGAUCCUAGCAGCCCAGGACAUUGUCGGCCCUCGCUUUGGCGUGCCCGUAAGCUGGACGCCGGAUGCCUGGGACUACCACCCAAUCCUCCGCGAAGACAGCCUCGAGGCCGGCGGUCUCCCCAUUGGCCUGGUCAUGGAUGACCAUCCAGGUCUUGCCGACAGUGAGGAGACAACGAAGAACCACAACACCCGGACGAUUGAUUGCUCCAUCUGCAGGGAACACCUGGAAGUGCCGGUCAUCAAGUCUGGGAACGAGGCCAGCGGAGUGGCCGGGGCGCUCGCAAGAAGGCUAUACAUGGUGACCCCGUGCCGGCAUAUAUUCCACACCGCAUGCCUUGAAGGAUGGAUGCGGUUCAGGUUGCAGUGCCCGAUAUGUCGUGAGGAGCUGCCACCUCUGUAA